CUCACCCACUCAUUGUUUAGUGGAUUGCACACCAGUCAGGACGUUUCCUAAUUUACACACUUCUUAGUAAUACAUUUGCAUAGUUUAUACAAUCGUGUGAUUUAAUUGAACUAGUGAUAAUAAUAAUGGAUUGUAGUGGUAUUCAUCCUAGCAACAGAAAAUAAAAUUGACAAAUGAAGAUUAAGGUGUAACAUCAUUAAAACAAGGACAAUUCAUUGUAAUGUCUUGUCAUGGCUUCUGCUCGACCCGGUACAUCAUCUUCGGCUCAAGCAGUUGAUAAUCGGGUAUUUUUGUUCCGCCUUCAGAUAUUAAUUAUAGAUGGUGGACUUACAGUUUUAAGAAAUUAUGUAGAACAGGAACUUUCAGCUCAAUCUAACAGUCUCAGCGGUUGUCUUGCUAAUGAAAGGACAACUAUUAAUGUUUUGAAGGGACGUGGGAUAAUAACACAGGUGCAGUAUGAUUUAUUGUUUCCAUCAAGUGGCAUUGUUUCAACGUCAGAUUUGGACAUCACACUUAUCAUUUGUCUCAUGAGAAACCUGAAAUGCUUCAAGUUAAAUAAAAAGUUUAAUUGGAAAAUUCCACCAGGACAAAGUGAUACUUCCAUCGAGGCAGACAUUUGUAGACUGAAGAAUUACAGGAACGAAAUUUGUCAUAUAUCGACCACUACAGGAAUACAACAUAGUGAUUUUAUUACAAAGUGGGAUGAAAUCGAACAGAUUCUCCUUAGAUUCGAUAAGGUGUAUCCAAUCAAAGACUUUCACCAGACAAUAACUGACUUUGAAUUCAGCCCUCUUGAUCCAAAAACAGAACAGAGGGUAACGGAUGAAAUUGAAAAAUGGGAAAGUCAUGAUAAAGCAGUAGAAGCGGACAUAGAACUUCUGAAAGCAGGUCAUAAAGAUACUAUUGAAGACUUGAAGACGGUUAAAACUGAAAUAGAAGAAAUAAAAGAACGACUACCAACAAAACAAACGACUUCAAAUAUGCAAGAUGACAGAAUGCAGGAAAACAGAAGGAAGGGAAAUCUUUUUCAAAGGGGUUUUGAAUGGAUACGUUAUCGCCCGAUGAAAAAAAAUCUUCAAGGUGACCUCAUUAAGUUCUACAGAAACAAGUGUAGUUCGAUACCUCUCUCACCGCUCCUUGAGGAAGUGGAGACACCUCUAGCUGGCUUCUACGUGAUGCCAGAUAUAGUCGCCAUUGGACAGGAGUCUCCUUCAAGUGACGUGGAGGAGAAAACGCCAGUCAAUUCUUUAAUGGACCUAUUUUCAGUCAGAAGCGGUCAUCAGCAAGAAAUAUAUUUAUCAGCAGACGCAGGCUUUGGAAAAACUGCUUUUUCAAAAUACCUUGCAAUCACGUGGUGCCAGGCUCAUCAUAAAGACAAAAACUACAAAUGUUUUAAAGAUGAGGAGUUAAAAGCUUUAUCUGACUUUGAGUUCUUAUUUUUGGUCUUAUUAAGAGAUUGUUCCGAUAUCUGUAGCAUAGAAAAAAUGAUUGAGCAACAAAUUACUGAACAACUUCCUACGUCAGUAUCAUUAGAAAGAAUUUUACGUAAAGAAAAGUGCUUGAUUAUAUUAGACGGUCUUGAUGAAUGGACCCACCCUGAAAAUGGUUGUUCCAGGCGAAAUGAAAAAAUCCCACAUCGGUACGUACAUGAAAAGUGUGUUAUCUUAACGACUUCGCGUCCAUGGAAACUUGGAGUUUCAAAUCUUAAAACAAGUCAGGUUAACAAGAAAAUAGAGUUGGUUCAACUUAGUAUAGAUUCUAAAUGGCAACUUGAGAAAAAUGCUAUAAGUAAAAUGACCGGUGUUCCUGAUGGUGACGAAUUGACGAGUAAAACACGGGACUUAAAUCAAGUCAUAGAUGACCGUGGCCUUCAGCACAUGCAAACGAUUCCACUCCUCCUUAUGUUUAUCACUUGUCUUUGGUGCAACAGAAUUUCCAUAGAAAACUCGAAAUGUGAUGUUUACACCAAAAUCAUUGAAUUUCUGUUAUCAAGAACAGCAAAGAAACACCCAGAAAUUCAACCAUCUUGUGUUUCUUCUACCUGCGAUAUCCCAGAAUAUUUCAGAAAUCACAACUUCUGUAAAAAGUUUUACUCUCUCAUAAAAUCAUUAUCAGAACUAGCUUAUCAAACAUUACUUAAUGAAACAAGAGAAAACACGCUGGUAUUUGAUGGAUCGGUUGCUGAAACAUAUCUCAAAGCAGACGACAUGAGGAUAAGCCUUUUCUCAGGAAUAGUGUCGGAAAGUAAAACUAAGACAUUAAUAAAAGAAAUUUCUAAAGUGUCCUUUUCCCACAAAACAGUUCAGGAAUUUUUUGCCGCCAUAUUUAUAAGUUCUUACAGUGACGUUCAGAAAAUUGUUCUAGAAAAAUGUAGAAAUGUUCAAGACAUUCUGGACAUGUCAACAAUUUGUGAAUUUAUGAGUAAAAUGAAUGCUGAACGGAUGUGUGAAAUAUCAAAUUAUUUGAUGUUUGUGAUAAAUGAAGACGAGAAAACACGCAGCUAUAGAACUAGGACAGGUGGCGAGCAUAUGUACAAUACUCCAUUGUAUAACAUACAGGAAAUGUUCAUGUCGUCUUUACGAGAAAUGCCUGAAAGUGAAAAUAUUCAAUUAUGUUUACAAGAUUUCUUCAUUGACACGUACACCGAGCACAGUGAGCAUUUACAACGUUUAUUAAAACAAAAUAAACCCAACAUAAAAUCACUUUAUAUAAACACCGUCUUUACUUCCAGCAGUUUACUUGAAAUUAUAGAUUUAUUCUCUCUCACAGAUCUGAGUCAUAUACAGAAACUUUACUAUCAUGGUGAAAGGGAGAAGGAGGCUGAGAUAAAUCGGAUAUUUGUUCCCAGUUUGCAGAACGUAUCUUUGUUGUCUGGUAAUUGGACAAAUGAUGAAGAAAAUCUGAGUGAAAACUUGGCGCGAUUACAAAACUUACAAUAUUUAUAUAUUCACCACUUCACGUUAUCUCACAAAAUACUGGAAACAUUUUACAAUUUUAUCCCCGGUCAAAAAUCAAUGAAAGAGUUAACAUUGUGGAGGUUAUACUGUAAAAAACGUAGUCGCAGAUUGAAUUUGGGCUUGUCUCAACAUUGUAAGAGAUUGAACUUGGACCUGUCUCAACAUUCAACUCUAUCAAAGUUACACUUGAAGGAGUUAUCUGGGAGGCUACAAUUAAAUAUAUCAACACCGUCAUUAGUUAAUGUUGAAUUGUCGUACAUCAAACUAGAUGAAAGUUCAUUGUUACUGUCACGUGACAUGAAAAAUAUUGAAUGUGUGAAGUUGGUGUAUAUAGAAAUGCCUGCAGAAUGUUUACAGAACUUUAUUGCCGUGCUGGAAAAUCUGCCGCAGCCAGUUACAGUAGAUAUGGUCGCCAUUAAACCGGAAACAGAAUAUGAUCGUGUUAGAGAAAAUAUUCGAAGAUCACAAAUUUUUCAUGUGAUACAAGACGACUACUGGUUUGUGUUCAAAACAAGGCAACCAAGUAAAGAAUAAACAAGGAAAAACAUUGUAAAAUAAACUGAAAAAAAUGACUUCAAGACUUAAAAAAUAAAUAAAUAUGGAAACUUAAAAUACGUAACAUAUGGCGAUUAAUGAAACUUAACUUAAAUGCUUGGUCAUUUAGUAUCUAAGUAAAUCUUUUUGACAGUUGUUUAUAAAUAAAGUGAUUUAAAGGUUAGAAAAUAUUCACGGAAAUAUUUUUACGGAACUUAAUGGAUAAAUAUAUGGAAAUAUUUCACAGCGGUCUUGAAUCAGACGAUGGAGAGUGUCAUGUGACAACAUAUAUGGAAUAAAUCAACAGGUGGAAUCUCUACAAACGUUCCUUGCUUAACCAAG